AUGGCUGAGCAUGAGGAGUAUUGUGCUAGCAAUAAUACAGCAAGAAUCAUCAUGCCACAGGUUGGAAAAGAUGGUAAACCUCCAACCUUGAAGUUUGAGAAACAUGUGCAAAAGUAUAGAGUACCUGUUGUAGCAUACGCUGAUUUUGAGUGCAUCCUGGAGAAGCCUGAUGGAGACAAUGAACAAUGGAUCGGUAAAGCUACCAAAGUUAUCCAGUAUCAUCGGGCAAUGAGUUACUGCUUAUACUUUGUGCGGGACCCUGAUUUAGAAGAUUCCUGGCUGACAAUCACUAACCUAAUCCCUCAUGAGCCGAUUGUCUACAGGGGUCCUGAUGCCGCCGAACAUUUCAUGAAGACCCUCACCAUGUAUGCAAAAGAUUUAGAUGAGGCAAUUGACUGCAGGAAUAUCAAGUUGCUCCCACUAACCAAAAGAGAGAAAGAACGACAUAAUGCAGCUGAUUUCUGUGAGGCCUGCAAUGAACGGUUCAAUAAAGAUAAGGUGUAUGACCAUUGUCAUAUAACUGGUAUCUACCGGAAUGCAUUAUGCCGUAAAUGCAACCUGCAGCGAGAGCGACAAUCAUUCAUACCAGUGUUUCUCCACAACUCUUCAAACUACGAUACACACCUCAUUAUUCCAGAGCUGGGUAGAGAUAAGGAUCGGCUGUUUGUCAUCCCAAACUCAUCGGAAAAGUAUAUAUCAUUCACCAAACGAAUAUCUCCAAAAAUGCACCUUCGAUUCAUCGAUACAUUCCGGUUUACACCUGAUAGUUUAGACAAUCUGGUCACCAACCUAGUCAAAUCAGCAUCAAAUCCAGAAGACUUGUCCAAAGUGCUGCCACAUACUGCCAAGGUGUUUGGAAACAAAUUGAGCCUUGUCUCAAGGAAAGGAGUGUUUCCAUACGACUACUGCGAUUCAUGGCAGAGACUCGAAGAAACAUUGCUACCACCCAAAGAGGCAUUUUUCAGCAAGCUGGUUGAUAGGAGUGUUAGCAGUGAUGAUUAUGAACAUGCUCAAACUGUGUGGAACCAAUUCAGUUGUAGAACUCUGGGAGAAUACAGUGACCUAUACUUGAAAACAGAUGUUCUCCUGCUGGCUGAUGUCUUUGAGAGCUUCCGCGAUGUAUGCAUGAAGACUUAUGAUUUGGAUUGUGCUCACUACUUUACAUCUCCAGGCUUUUCCUUUGAUGUCAUGCUGAAAUAUACUAAAGUCGAGCUUGAGCUCCUUACUGACUAUGACAUGUACAUGUUUAUCGAGCGAGGUAUCAGAGGAGGAAUAACAAAUUGUAUACACCGUCAUGCUGUAGCCAACAAUGCCUACACAGGAGCGCCUAUUGACCCUGAGAAGCCUACAUCAUAUCUCCUGUACACAGAUGCGAACAACCUGUAUGGCUGGAUUGGCUACAUCUUGGAGGUGGACAUUGAGUACCCUUCCGAAUUGCAUGAUGAGCACAACGACUUCCCAUUCCUGGCAGAGAACAAAAAAACUCUUAAAUCUAAUCAUGUACGACUCAUGACAGCUCUAAGCAACCGUGAACGAUAUGUAUGUCAUUACCGCACCCUCAAGCAAGCAGUACAGCAUGGAUUGAAAAUCACUAAAGUUCAUCAAGGUGUAAGGUUUGAGCAGGAGGACUUCCUAGCACCCUACAUCAUGCUUAAUACAAAGCUAAGACAGCAGUCAAAGAAUAAGUUUGAAAAGAACUUUUUCAAACUCAUGAACAAUGCUGUGUUUGGUAAGACAAUGGAAAAUGUGCGAAAAAGAAUGAGCACGGAGCUAGUGAAUGAUGAGAAGCGAUUGAAGAAACUGAUUGCUCGACCAGUGUACAAGGAUCGUAUCAUAUUUGGAGAGAAUAUUUGUGCUGUUACGAUGCAUAAAGAGAAAGUGGAGCUCAAUAAGCCAAUCUAUAUAGGGUUAUCAGUGCUUGACAUCAGCAAAACCCUCAUGUACGAAUUCCAUUAUAACAUCAUGAAGCCCAUCUACAAGGACCGUCUUCAACUCCUAUAUCAAGAUACUGAUAGCUUAUUCUACCUUGUCAAGACAGAGGACAUGUACAAUGACAUCAUCAACAACCAACAACUGAAAGAUACCUUUGACACCUCAGAGUACCCUGCAGAGCACCCAUGCUACUCAGAUGGAAACAAAAUGGUGCUUGGCAUCCUAACCUCACUCUUGAAAGAGUAUAAUGAACGGGUCCAUCGAACAACAGGUAUGCGGCCAGUUGACGUUAAGAGCAAGAAGCAUGAGAGGCUGUUGCUUUCCAGGCUCAGCAAACAAAGGCAAGAAUAUAAGGAAAAGUUGGUCAGCAAACCUCAAAACAAGUUUUAUCCAGGUCCUAGUCAGAGUAUUGAGCCUGGUGAUAAAGUGAGAAUCAGCAAGUAUAAAAAGACGUUUGACAAGGGAUAUCUAGCCAAUUGGACUAAUGAACUGUUCACAGUAAGACGUGUGCGACCUACAGUGCCUGUAACCUAUGAAUUGGAGGACUAUAGAGGUGAACCCAUUGAAGGAGGAUUCUAUUCUGAAGAAAUUGUAAAGACAAAAGUGCCCAGUGUUUUCGAAAUUGAAAAAGUGUUGAGGAAAAGAGGGAAUAAACUGUUGGUACGUUGGAAAGGAUAUAGCUCCAGUCACGACUCAUGGAUUGAUAAGAACGAUCUUGUGUAA